UCUUGUAGGUACCAUUAGCGGCGUUGACCAUGGAGCCUUCCAACAACUCUACGGUGUCCUCCAACUACAGCAAUAUGUUUAACAAAUUUGUCCACCUGGAUGGAGAACUCUCGGACAGAUUUCAUACCUUGUGGAUAGUCCUGGUGGUGAUCAAUACCAUCAUCUUCCUGAUGGGCGUGGUGUUGAACUCUGUAGCUCUCUACGUCUUCUGCUUCCGCACGAAAACGAAAACCACCUCGGUCAUCUACACCAUCAAUCUGAUCAUCACCGAUCUGCUGGUGGGCUUCUCUUUACCUAUCCGGAUCAUUGUGCACUACGUUGCCAAGGACUGCCACACCUGUGCGCUCGUCCACAUUUUCACCUAUUUUGUCAACAUGUACUGUAGCAUUCUCUUCCUCACGUGCAUCUGCAUUGACCGGUACCUGGCGAUUGUCCAGGUGGAAGCUUCGCGCAGGUGGAGGAACCCCGACUACGCCAAAGGGAUCUGUGCUUUCAUCUGGACCUUCGCCACCGUGAUCACCUUCUCCAUCCUCACCCUGGCCGUGAAGUUCUCCUACUGCUGCAUUGCGCAGAUUUUGCCCUUGAUGGUCUGCGAGUACUUCUUCCCUCUGAUCAUCCUCACUUUCUUCACCACCAGGAUCAUGUGCGCCCUUUCCAAGCCCACGCUCAUGCACCAGAGCCGGGAGAGGCGGAUGAGAGCCGUGCAGCUCCUCAUCACGGUCCUGAUCAUCUUCAUGAUCUGCUUCACCCCCUUCCACGUGCGCCAGCUGGCCAUUGCCAUCAACCCAGCCAUGUCCUACAACCUCAGCUUGGUGGUCUACCACGUGACCGUCACCUUAAGCAGCCUCAACAGUUGCAUGGAUCCCAUCGUCUACUGCUUUGUCACCAACAACUUCCAGUCCACCAUGAAGAACAUCUUCCGGAAGACGGAACUUGAGCAAGCCAGCGGGGAGGUGAUCAGCAUCAACAAAGGGUCUGGCUCAAACGCAAUUAUGGCGUUUGCGAACUCGAUAGGGAACCCCAUGGGUUUGGCUUUGCCGAGCAACACCACAAACUCCUAGACUUUGAGAAGCCUACAAGGGUAGAGAUGAUGUGGACUCUUCCUUUUUGCUAAAAAAAAAAAAAAGAUAUUUUUUUUUCUCUCAACGUUGUAGCUGGGUUCCAGGAUUUUUCAAGCUUUCCAGUGACACACUCGUUUUAUUUAUGGCAGCUGGCUUUGUCAUCUGGGAAAUUACUUGGAUUGCGUUUGGCACUCCAAAUUCCUAAGAAUUUCCCCGAUUCAGGAAUUUACGGAGAAAGGGACAUGCCCAGCACCGUGUUUUGCUAGCCUAGAAGCAUAGAAUAACAAAGUUGGAAGGGACCUUGGAGGUCAUCUAGUCCAACCCCCUGCUCAAGCAGGAGACCCCCCAUACCAUUUCAGACAAAUGGCCGUCCAAUCUCUUCUUGAAAG